AUGCCCACCCCCGAGUCCGAGGCUUUCCUGGCCAAGAAGCCCAAGGUCGCGCCCACCUUUGACGGCGUCGACUACGACGACAACAAGGCCCUCAAGGCCGCGCAGGACGCCGUCGUCCGCGAGCAGUGGGUGCAGGUCAUGAUGGGCCGCCUGGUGCGCGAGGAGCUCAGCAAAUGCUACUACAAGGAGGGCGUCAACCACCUGGAGAAGUGCGGCCACUUAAGAGAAAAGUACCUUCAGCUGCUGGAGAAGAACCGCGUCCGGGGAUACCUCUUUGAGCAACAGAACUACCUCGACUCGACGCAACUGGCAGCACCAAAGGCUGCGGAGAAGAAAUAA